CCUCUCUUCACCAUUCUCCCCGACUCUCUCCCACCUAUUCUUACAAAAACGAACAACCCAACAAACACAACCGACGCAGAUUCUUCCUCUGCGCAAGAUGCUGUCGACUCUGCUUGCAUUGGAAAAGAGCGAUAAGGAGAGGCCCGGGAAAGGCUCUUGGCGCGGCAUCAGGCAGUGCCUGGUGCAGUUCUUCUCGCGAGACCGGGCGCUGAUUGCUGGCCUUCUGGCGUUCGUCCUGCUAUGCGCCACCGUGGAGUUCUUCGACCUGCCGUCCAUCUCUCAGAUGACCCGAAGACGCCCCGGGCUGGGGAGGCGGCCGCUCGUCAACUAUGGCUACACCGGAGAAAACUCAUGCGCCCUGCACGGCCUGGAGGUGCGGGAGGUGCCUGCGAUGGUUGUCGACUCUUUCAUUUAUGGUGGCGAGGCGGGCAUGCUGGAGUUGCGGCUGGUUGAGCUAAACAGCACAGUGGACUUCUUUGUUGUGAUCGAGCGGCGAUGCCCUCUUUCGGACACAACGAGCGAGGCCGCCAUUCGCAGCAGUACACCGGCUGCUGCGGCCCUCGGCGAUCGGCUGGUCGUCGUCACUCCUGACUGCGGAGAACUGGAUGGCGGGCUGUCAGGGGAGAGGCGAGAGCUGCAAUUGGUAACGAGUGCGCUGACAGGUGGCCUGCGCAAGAUCGCUGAGAAGCUGCCGGUCCAGUCAGAUAAUACAGUGGUGAUACACUCCAGGGGCGUCGCCGAGUUCGCACGCCCGUCGACCCUUGCCCUGCUCGGCAACUGUCUUGGAUUCCAGCCGAUCACAUGUCUGGCGAGCCGGCGGUAUCUCUUCACCUUUGAGUUUCGGCACCGCAGCCAUUCGGAGAGCCUGGUGGCCGUGCAGUUCAGGUCGCUCAAACAGUUGGGAAGGGACAUUGAGAGGGCGAGGUCGGCGCCUAUGGGCAGCGGGUGUCUCGCUGACGCGGGGUGGGCUAUCGAGAAUGCGAUGGUUGAGGAGGAGGCUCUUGCGAGUGACCGUGAGGGCGGCAGCGUGAGUGGCGACACGGCGCCAAGCUGGCGGCGGGAUGGCCACCACAGAUGGGCAGGUGGGUGCAUGAGAACCACAAGCUUAGCUUGUGGGUGAUGUGAGCGUAUGCCUAUGCCGUCCCCGUGUUUCGUGUCUGUAUCAGAUUUGUGUGGUGGUGGUGGUGGUGUGGGUGUGGAUGGGAUCGGCCGGUCGCCAAACGGCGUGCAGGUCGAAACGUCCCUGGUCGGCCUCCCAUCGGUCAUCCAGGCCGACCCCCAACGCUUCAGACACCUGCUGCCGGGCAGGUGCGCCUCUCCUCUCUCGACACGUAGGUGAGGGUGGGUCAUCGCCAGGCGGUCUGCAUGGGCGUGUGUGAAUAGGGGAGAGAAGAUGCUAAGGUCCGUGUGUGAGUCAGGACGGUCGUCGAGCGCAUGUGUGUCUGUCUGGCGGUGCGAUCGAUGACUGCGAGAGAGUGUUGGUCUGUAUGUACGGUGUGCUGUGACUGGCCCUUGGACGACUGCGAAUGCGAUGGACUUGAGUACAG